AUGACCAUGUCAACCUUCACAGAAGAGACCACUCUCGACCUCGAGCGGGUCAAAGCCACCGAGGAAUUCAGACCAUUCGAGACAAAGCUGUUCAACAUCCUCCAUGAUUUAAUCCAACCAGGUAACAAGCUCGAGCCGACCGCGGCAGCGGCCCAGAUCAACGACCUCUUCCCUUCCAAUGAGGAAGAUAGCUCCAAGGCUGCGGUUUCCACGGAGGAUCAAGAUGAUGCCGCGACAAACCCGGAGGCCUUCCUGUGGUCUCUAUGGGGGUUGAUCAUUCAAGUGAUGCGCCUUGUGCCCCCUCGACAUCCUGGCCAAGAUCAAAUGAUUUCAUUACUUCAGUCCUUGAGCGAAUUACCCGCGAGAAGUCUGGAGAUUUGGGGGCAAUUCACCCCAGAUAUUGGCCAAGCAGAUCCCGAUGGAAUCUCAGAAUGGAUCAACCAAAACUCAUUCAUGGCAAGACUCGUGGGCAAAGGACUAUUGUCCUGGGACACCUUGAUCGUGUGGAUGAUGCGAGACGUGCUAGAAGAUGAUCUGCCCCAGGAAGAAAUGGUUCAAGACUGCUACAUCUCAGUGGCCAGUGAAUGGAUCACGCACGCCGGUACGACGAUCUACAAUCAGCUGAGCAGUCAGGAGAUGACCGAGCAGCAAAAGCGAGUCAUGAAAGGCGGCAAGUUGUACGAGGGUCCUGCCGGCCUGCGUGUGGAAAGAUGGGGCUUCUGGAAGUCUCGACUUGCAGAGGCCAGCCAGCAAGCGUCAGAAAAAGUGCGACCCGCUGCAACGGCGGCGGCUGAUCGGAUGGCCGAGAUUGAGGAACAGGCUCAUGUUGAGAAGGAGAUGCGGGGAUAG